GGAUGCUGCUGCUGCUGCUCCUGGCUCUGCUGGGCCCCGCUGGCUGCCCCAGGACAGAGCACCUGGGCAGCUCCAGCCAGGAGCCGCCGUUCCGCGGCGCCGACCGCUACGACUUCGCCAUCGUCAUCCCCGGCGGCAGCGUGGAGUGCUUCUGGCAGUUCUCGCACCAGGGCGGCAACUUCUUCUUCAGCUACGAGGUCCAGCGGGCGACGGGGAUUGGCAACAGCAGGAACGUCCUGGUGACAGCGAGUGAUCCCAGCGGCUCCCAGCUUGGAGUGUCCCAGGACGUGCGAGGCCAGAUCAACUUCCUCACCCAGGACACAGGUUUCUACCAGCUCUGCCUGGACAACCAGCAAAACCACUUUGGCUUCAUGCAGGUGUACCUCAACUUCGGUGUGUACUACGACGACUUCAGCAUGGAGCACCAGCAGCCAGCAGAGAGGAAGGAGCUGAACGACACGCUGGAGGCAAUUGGGGUGAGCAUCCAGAGGCUGCAGGUCCACAUCUUCCACAUCUGGCGCUUCUACAACUUUGCCCGGAUGAGGAAAGGGGCCGACUCCUUCCUCCUGGAGUCCAACUACAACUAUGUCAACGGGUGGUCAAUGGCCCAGAGCUGUGUCAUCGUCCUCUCCGGGCUGCUGCAGCUCUGCUUCCUCAAGCGCCUCUUCCACGUGCAAACCUCGGGCAGCCAGAAGUGCUAG